UUCGGGGCCUGCGUGCGUCCGAAUUGUUGUUAUAUGAGAUCGAGCGGGAUUUUGAGGGAUGUCAAGUACGGUUAUUUGCAGUGCGUUUUGAACUGUGAUGUGGAGCCGGGUUUUUGGGUUAGCCAUUCUUGAACAAGUUGGUUUGGGAACCCACCUCCACCCUUUACUGACUGUAUAUUGCAUGCAGAGUAGGCUUGUUCUUCCCGGCCACGACGCAUCAAACAGUCCAGCCAAAGAAAGCUCUUCAAAGCCGUCCUCGACGUUUUUCCAUCAACAACAUUUCGCAAUAUCAGAAAGUCUACUCCCAUUCGCAUAUAUAAGAAAGAAAAGAGCAAGAAAAAACUAUUUGACAAAGAGGAAUGAUACGCAAAUGCGAAGAGAGUAGAGAGGUAGCUGUCUUCUAUAAUAAAGGUCACAUCAUACGUCCAA